AUGUUACAAUUGUGGUUUAAUUGUUUAUUAGUGCGAUAUUUUUAUUUAAUCGCAUUUCAACCAAUGAUUGCUACUGGUAGCUAUCAUGAACGACGACUUUAUGAUGAUUUAAUGAAAAAUUACAAUAGCUUAGAGCGCCCGGUGCAAAAUCAUUCACAACCUGUUGUGGUUUAUUUAAAAGUAUCAUUGCAACAAAUUAUUGAUGUUGACGAAAAGAAUCAAAUUGUUUAUGUUAAUGCAUGGCUUGAUUUUGCAUGGAAUGAUUAUAAACUUAGAUGGGACAAAAAUAAAUACGGAAAUAUAACGGAUGUUCGUUUUCCAGCUGGCAAAAUUUGGAAACCAGAUGUUUUACUUUAUAAUAGCGUAGAUGCAAAUUUUGAUUCGACCUAUCCAACUAAUAUGGUUGUUUACAAUACGGGUGAUAUCUCAUGGAUUCCACCUGCUAUUUUUAAAAUUAGUUGUAAAAUUAACAUCGAAUGGUUUCCGUUUGAUGAGCAGCGCUGUUUCUUUAAGUUUGGUUCAUGGACAUAUGAUGGUGAUAAAUUAGAUUUACAACCUGGAAAAGGUGGUUUUGAUAUUUCUGAAUAUAUGCCAAGCGGUGAAUGGGCUUUACCCAUGACAACUGUAUCAAGAACAGUGAAAUUUUAUGAAUGUUGUCCCGAACCAUAUCCUGACCUCAAAUUUUAUUUGCAUUUAAGACGUCGUACAUUAUAUUAUGGUUUCAACUUAAUAAUGCCCUGCAUAUUAACAACAAUGAUGACAUUACUCGGUUUCACACUGCCACCUGAUGCUGGUGAAAAGAUCACUUUGCAGAUAACAGUGCUCUUAUCAAUAUGCUUUUUCCUUAGCGUUGUAUCCGAGAUGUCACCACCAACCUCAGAAGCAGUGCCACUUUUAGGAAUAUUCUUUUCUUGUUGUAUGAUCGUUGUUACGGCAUCAACCGUUUUUACCGUUUAUGUUUUAAACUUGCAUUAUCGAACAUCUGAAACACAUGAAAUGGGUACAUUGACAAAGACAUUACUACUUUAUUGGCUACCAUAUUUACUCCGAAUAAAUCGACCAGGAGUUCAUCUCUCCUGGAAAGCUCUACCAUCAUUAUUUCCAUGCACAAAGCCAACAACAACAACACCACAUAGUGAAUCACUGAUGAGAAAUAUUAAAGAAGCUGAGUCAUGCUCAAGAUCUAAUUCAGUGGACGUUGAAUGUCGAGUUUGUCAGUAUAUGAGUGGUAUUUGCAAUGGAAAGAGCCCAAUUUCAACAGUAUUUAAUGGGCCAACAUUAAGUCAUACAAAUAGAUCCGUCGAUGUUGGCCAACAGGCCACUUUGCUUAUUUUACAACGAAUUUAUCAAGAACUGAAAAUGAUAACUAAACGUAUGAUGGAUGCAGAAAAAGAUGAUGCAAAAGCAAAUAAUUGGAAAUUUGCAGCAAUUGUUGUUGAUCGUUUAUGCUUGUAUAUUUUUACAAUAUUUAUUAUUGCUUCAUCGUGCGGAAUAUUGCUUUCAGCGCCAUAUUUCAUUGCUUAA